UUAACCGGAUGUGAGUCGAGUUGUUUUUGGGUGAGGCGGCGCGUUCGCGAACGUCAAACGUUUUUUGCGCAUUUGCGCAGUUUCUCAGCGUCGCAAACACUCCGGACAAACCCAAACGAGCCCGUCUGAAUUCGCUGAACACCGCUUCGGCACCGUUGGAACCUGCGAAAGUCCCCGGAGCGGCCGCGGCGCGGCAGCGUUCUUCCACACCGCCUCAUGCGUGUCUGGCUGAUACUGCUGCGGGAGGAGGAGGUGAGGCGGUGGGGGGAAAGUUGUGGACAUGUUUUCCUGGACGUGCACGGUUUUACGGAUCCGCUGUGCAACGUUUUUGUAACCACGACGUCAGGAAGCCGUUGAUGCCCGUCGGGACGUUUUGUUUUUUGUUUUUUGGAGGGGGAUCUUUCCGUGUUACCGUCGAGCCGCCUUGAUCGCCAUAUUUGUGCGCAGCGAAACUCGACAGAAAAGUUGUCAGAGUUAUGACAUUUGCUGCACACAGACCCUUCUUCUUCUUCAUGGAGCUGCGUGCAGUCGACUUUGAUCGAAACCGAAGUGAGUCCAUGGAGUUGUUGACGGACAGUCCUGUGCAGCAGAGAUAUUAAAGUUUUUCAGACGGGGCUGUUUUGCUGCUGUAGGCCUCAGUUUCCUCUUUGCUGCUGCUGCUGCUUGCUGCCUGUCUGGCUCCCCAAAGAGGAUGAGAAAAACGGACAGUAGAGCUCGGAUUUAAUCGCUGGAAAGCGGGCUGCACAUUUCCCCCACCCUGCACUUUCCUCUGGGAUUUAUGUUUCCUCUCAGAUACCUCUGUGUACACAAUUAAAGAAUUCGACAACCACAGGCAUCCGGAGCACACUACGGAGGCUAUUGACCGAGUAUUUGCACGCUCACAGGUUCAGGCUGAGAACAUUAUCUUAGAUUAUUGCUAUGAGUCUCCCCUCUCAGGUCAACGCUGACAAGAAGCAUCAGACUCCAGCCAUGAAAGAGGCUGUGCAGCACUCGGGGGACGUUUAUUUUGGUAUGGGACCUCCGGUUUUAAAGGCGGGUCACGGCGACUCAGCUAGUGGCUCAGGCGUUGGGCACCAAAGCCUGCCGCACUAUCAACAGACCGCCCCCGUCAAGUGGAUGCAGGACCCAAUACAGGCGUCCAACUGGUCUCAGGAAGCUCCCAUGUCGACCUGGGGGCAGAACUUUGGCCCCUACAUGAGUGGCGUGAGGGAUCAGAUGGCCUUCCACAAAGGAGGCCACGAAAGCGUGGCGAUGCCGAUGGCGAGGGAGAACCAGCUGCCGGCACCCAUGGAGGCUUACAGAGACGCCAGCCAGGCUCAAAGUCAAGGUGCGGGGCUGGAGUGGGGGCAGCACGCUGCCGCCGCUGCUGCCAUGCAUCAGGUCCAGCUGCAAGCCUACCAGCACGGCCAGGGUCAGCCUCACGUGGCGCCCCACUCCUCACUGCAGGCCCCCGUUCUGCAGCCGUUCCAGGCGUCGUUCAGACCCAACAAGUUCCCGUCCAACUACUAUUCUGUUUUCCCGGGAAACAAGACGAUGGCCUACGGCGAGCAGCAGCCUAAACCUCAGCAGCAGCUUCUGCACCAGAUGCAGCAGCAGCAACAAAUGCAUCAACAACAACAGCAGCAGCAGCAGCAACACAUGCAUCAACAGCAUCAACGUCAGCUUCAGCAGCAGCAACAACAAAUUCAACAGCAACAAAUUCAGCAGCAGCAGCUGCAGCAAAUGCAACAAUAUCAACAGCUGCAGGAGCAACAACAAAUUCAGCAAAUGCAGCAAAUGCAACAAAACAUCCUCCAACAAGAAGCAACGCAACCUCCUGUGCAACCAAAACAACAACAGCAAACCCAAAACUUUGGAGCUUUCCAGCCCCCGGACCCCCGUCCACCCGACGCCGGGACUAAACGAGAUGAGGCGCAGUCGACAGCGCCGCAGCUGCAACCAGAGGCUCAAGCCAGCAGCGCAGCCUCUUUACCCGAUCAGAGCUCUGAGAAGGUUGCUGCUGACGCCGCAGCGCCAACGGCCCCUCGGCGCUCGCGUCGCCUUUCCAGAGAGGGACAGUCCCCGCUGGGGCCCCCGUCCACAAACAUCUGGUGUCAAGGCUCCAAACAGCCGCCGCCAUCCCAAAAUGGAGUCACGGGAGCGCCGGCGGCGAGAGGAGGGGAAGCGGCAGCCGGAGGGGUCAUACAGCUCAGCCGCAGGAGGAGGAGAGCGUCCAAGGAGAUCAACUUAGAGACUCUUGCUCAGAAGGCUUCAGAAAUGGAGUCUCUGCCUGCGAAAACGAUCAAGGAGGACGGUCCCUCCAGCAAACAGGCCUCCAUCGUGCCGCUGGUCAUCCCCGUGUCUGUGCCCGUGCACAAGAAUCAGGCAGACCCGCUGGGCGGCUGGCCUCUGGGACGCCUCGGCCAGGGCGAGCGGCCCGCUGGGCCCAUGGACCGCAAGCCUUCUGUCAUCGUGGCUCGUCGCCGCUCGCUAAAACACGCCAUGGCUGAGAGUUUUGGACAGGACGAGGAGAGCGAUCCAGGACAGGACGAAGACGGAAAGUCCAAAUUCAAGCGCCGGACUCGUCCCGAGCCGCUCAUCAUCCCUCCUCCCAAACCCUCCACCUUCAUCGCUCCGUCCGUCUACUCCAGCAUCACCUCCUACCAGAGCAACCUGCGCUCUCCCAUCCGCAUGCCGGACAACCCUCACUCCCAGCCCCCCUACACGCCUCCCCCCAUCCUGUCCCCCAGGCGGGUGGGAUCGGGGCUCUACUUCUCCACCGUUCUCACCAACAGCCAAAUCCAGCCCCCUCCGGCGACGCCCAAAUCUGCGACACGCAGCCUGCUGCGUUCCGUGAGUUCAGAAGCCACCCCUCCUGUCCUGAGCUUGAUCACAGAUGCCACACCUGUGUGCCUUGAACCGCGUAUCAACAUUGGGCAACAGUACCAGGCAGAAAUUCCUGAUCUGCGAGAUCAGCCCUCCUCCCAGCUGGACCAGCCCAAAGCCGACUUGGUUUGGCACCCGUUAGACGAAUCCAACCUCAGCCACGGCCACCAGGAGAGCUUGGAUCAUUUGAUGAACAUGGCUUGUUCAAGUGUUUUCAGCGGAGGAGGAACCAAUCAGGAACUGGUUUUGCACUGUUUACACGAAUGUGGAGGCAAUAUUCUUGAAACACUGGAGCGUUUGAUGCUUCAGGACUUGACGUUGCCCAGUGGCCAUCACCUGGCAGGUUAUCACUACUCAGGCUCCGACAGCUGGACUGCAGAGGAGAAGUGUUACUUCAAUAAAGGGAUCGGCGCCUACAGGAAAGACUUCUUCCUAGUGCAGAAACUGGUGCGGACUAAGACCGUGGCUCAGUGCGUGGAGUUCUACUACACGUACAAGAAGCAGGUGAAAGUGGGUCGAAACGGCAUCCUGACCUAUGGCCCUCCAGAUUCACCAGUGGAGAAGCACACAGAGACGACGGUGGAUGUAAAGACGCAUCAACCGAAGCUGACUCAAGGAGAGGUGAAUGAAGAUGACAACAGGGAAGGUUUUUAUGAUGAAAGCCAUGAGAGCAACCAGCAGGCGAGGGUUGUUCAGUCACUACAGGCUCACGACUACGCAGGGACGGUCGUGGUGAUCAAAGAGCCGGACGCUAUGAAAAAAGAGCCGCCUCAUUCAUCUGGACCUCAAAGGCCUCGGGCCGAACCUGCAGCAAAGAAGGGCAAAGCACCGGCGAAGCCACCGCAGGACCCCGACGCCGUGUUUCCCUGCAAGAAAUGUGGCAGGGUGUUUUAUAAGGUGAAAAGUCGAAGUGCCCACAUGAAAAGUCAUGCGGAGCAGGAGAAGAAGGCUGCAGCGCUGCGUCAGAAGGAGGAAGAGGAGCGGGCGGCAGCUCAGGCCAGAGCCAGGAAGGCAGCCGCCGCCGCCGCCAUCGCUGGCGCCGCCUCUGAUCAGGGAGGAAGUGGGAAUGGAGCGGCGCAGCAGGCGGAGCUUAGCAACCAGGAAGACUCCUCUGAAGUGGAGGAUGAUGACGAUGAAGACUGGCACUGAGCUGCAACAAAACCAGGGAAAAGAAACUCAAGGGUGUGGAGUUUUGUGCCAACAGACUUUAGAGAUGAACAAAGCCUCGAGACAUUGGUUAAAAAAUGUACUGCCUUAUGAAGGGCAAAAUAAGCACAAGAGAAUUUUUUUAUGUCUUCCUGGUAAUCUUUGUGCUGCUUUUCUGACCAAAACCAUCUGUUUAGCUUUACACACACUUAGCCAGGCAGACACACUCCACCUUUAAAUAAACAAAAAGUUUUAUUUUUCUAAAUGCACUUAUACAGUAUCUUUCUGCUUCAGCCAAUAAAGCCUUUUUAUAUCCUUUUUUUAAUUAGCAGCAAUGUCAAACUGUUUUUCAGUAUAUGGACUGGAUGGUUAAUAUAACUAAUUGGAAAGAGGAUCAAAUACAUUUGUCCUUUUUGAAAGAAGCCCUUUGAAUAAACGAUAAAAGGGCUCAUAUUAAAAAAAAUAAAAUAAAAAUUGCAAUGUGGUGAAUUUUUCUAACCCUCUCAGAUUUUGAGGUGGUUGAAUACUUUA